CCCCAAGCUCUCAUUUCAGGUGAACAAGAGACAUCUUCAAGAGUCAUGCGUGAAUGCAUCUCUGUCCACGUCGGCCAGGCUGGAGCCCAGAUCGGCAAUGCAUGCUGGGAGCUGUACUGUCUUGAGCAUGGAAUCCAGCCAGAUGGGCAAAUGCCCAGUGAUAAAACCAUCGGAGGAGGAGAUGACUCCUUCAACACCUUCUUCAGCGAGACUGGAGCUGGCAAACAUGUGCCCAGGGCAGUUUUUGUGGACUUGGAGCCCACAGUCAUUGAUGAAGUGCGCACAGGAACCUAUCGCCAGCUCUUUCAUCCUGAGCAGCUAAUCACGGGGAAGGAAGAUGCAGCCAACAACUACGCCCGUGGUCACUACACUAUUGGCAAAGAGAUCAUUGACCUGGUUCUGGACAGGGUUCGAAAACUGGCGGACCAAUGCACUGGCCUUCAAGGUUUUCUUAUCUUCCAUUCCUUCGGAGGAGGAACUGGUUCUGGGUUCACCUCUCUACUGAUGGAGCGUCUCUCAGUUGACUACGGCAAGAAAUCCAAACUGGAGUUUGCCAUUUACCCGGCUCCUCAGGUGUCAACUGCUGUGGUGGAGCCCUACAAUUCAAUUCUGACCACUCACACCACCCUGGAGCACUCGGAUUGCGCCUUCAUGGUGGAUAACGAGGCCAUCUACGAUAUCUGCCGCAGGAACCUCGAUAUUGAGCGUCCCACCUACACCAACCUCAAUAGGCUGAUUGGUCAGAUCGUAUCAUCCAUCACAGCUUCUCUGCGCUUCGAUGGCGCUCUCAAUGUGGACUUGACAGAGUUUCAGACCAACCUAGUACCGUACCCACGCAUCCACUUCCCCUUGGCAACGUACGCCCCCGUCAUCUCGGCAGAGAAGGCGUACCACGAGCAACUGUCCGUUGCAGAGAUCACCAACGCCUGUUUCGAGCCGGCCAAUCAGAUGGUGAAAUGUGAUCCACGCCACGGCAAGUACAUGGCGUGUUGUCUGCUUUACCGUGGCGACGUGGUGCCCAAAGAUGUCAACUCGGCCAUCGCCACCAUCAAAACAAAGCGCACCAUCCAGUUUGUGGAUUGGUGUCCCACCGGUUUUAAGGUGGGAAUCAACUACCAGCCCCCUACUGUGGUUCCUGGGGGAGAUCUGGCCAAGGUCCAGAGAGCCGUUUGCAUGCUUAGCAACACCACCGCCAUUGCCGAGGCCUGGGCCAGACUGGACCACAAGUUCGACCUGAUGUAUGCCAAGAGGGCCUUUGUGCACUGGUACGUUGGCGAAGGAAUGGAAGAGGGAGAGUUCUCCGAGGCUAGAGAGGACAUGGCCGCUCUGGAGAAGGAUUAUGAAGAGGUGGGCACGGACACCAUCGGGGAUGAAGAAGAGGAGGAAGGGGAAGAGUAUUGA